CUAAAACUACACUACGACAAAACACUAUGGCAGCAGCACCGGAGUGGCUUACCCACGAAUAUGUUGAGCAUGCAUUGCGCACUCAUUAUAAAGAUAAUCUCCUGCAAAUCGUCAAAUUCGAAUUGAAUCCCGCUCUGGGUCCUGGGGAAAACUAUGGCGGUGUUUUGACCAGAGUUCGUGCGACCUUUACCCUAUCCCAGGAGCGAGAGAAAGAAGUGCUUAAGAACAUGAUUGUGAAGACCUCCAUAGAUGAUGAUGAGCUGACACAGGAAUUAAUGGCUCCCUAUGACAUCUACAACAGGGAAAUGAACAUCUACGAGGGGGUAUUGCCAAAGUUGAAUGAACUCCUUCACGAGAUUGGAGACUUUGAGCAACUGUUUCCUACCGCCAUCUAUGUGGAUCGUGAGCGUAUGGCCAUUAUAUUUGAGGACCUCGCCGUGGCUGGUUACGUAAUGGCAGAUCGGAUUCGUCGCCUGAAUGCGGAGCAUGUCCAUUUAAUCCUGCGAAAGCUGGCCAAAAUGCAUGCUACAUCCGCUGUGUUGAAUGAAAGGCAAAAGGGCUGCCUAGAGGGCUAUGAUCGUGGUUUCUUCAAUCGAUAUACCAAUGCCUAUAGUGGUUAUUUUGUGGGUGGUCUACUCGCUGCAGCUCGUUGGAUGAGACAGACAGAAAGUAUGAGUCAAUAUGCUGACAAGCUUUUCGAACUGGCUCCUCAUUACAUGGAUAUUGGCCGAGAGUGUUUCGCUCCCACACCGGGACAUGUGAAUGUUCUAGCUCACGGAGAUGUCUGGACCAACAAUGUGAUGUUUAAAUACGAUCCAGAAACAAAACGGCCCGUGGAUGUUUUACUCAUCGAUUUCCAAUAUUCCUUCUGGGGCUCACCGAGCAUCGAUUUGCAUCAUUUCUUUAAUACAUCGCUCAAGGAACCAUUGAGACGCGAUCAACAGAACGCGCUGUUCCAAUUCUAUCAUGGAAUAUUCACCGAAACUCUAACAAAACUUAAUUAUCGCCAAAAUCCCAUUCCCAGUUUGCGUCAAUUCAAGUUGCAAGCAGAGGAAAAACGUUUCUUUGCUUUGCAUUCGGCCGUUGUUGUGCAACCUGUGAUGAUCAGUGAGGAUCCAACUGAUGCCUGUUUUAAUGCCUUGAUGAAUGAUGACGAGCGAGGCAUUCGUUUCAAGAAUCGUCUCUAUAACAAUCCCAUUGUACAGCAAAAUUUAAAAGCUUUGGUCCCUGUAUUCGAUCGAAAGGGUUUACUUGAAGUUGAUCAGUGCUGCUAAAUGUUAGAAAAUAAACUUAAUAGUUGUACUUGUAUAUAUGUAAAAAUAGAUUAGGCCAGAAAUUAAAACAUUUAACUUAAAUGAAAAAUCUCAAAAUUAAAUAAAAUUCUCAAAAUUUAUAUUCAGAAUGAA